CUUUCCACUCUAAUCUGUCAUAAUAAUACGCCGUCUGUUCCUACAGCACUACUGUUUACGAGCCCCUGCGUCACCAUGUUUACGUGUGCAGGCGCAGGAUUGUCACAAGUUACUUGUUAUAACUGACAGAUGCUUCUCGUGCCAGCCAGGCUCAUUGACGUCAAUGGAUUUCAGCGCGCACGCCCUACGUGGCCAAUAGGUGGGACCGAUAACAUGCCCCUCCCCUUUAAUCCCGGCAUUGGUGGAGAGUACAAGAUAUUUCAGUUCUUAUUCGAUUUAUUUGUGAUUGACAGCCAGAUCGAGGAUAUUUAUUGAUCGCGAAGGCCGGUGAAACCUGGCUCUGCAGCCGCUGGAGUAGUUUGAGAGGAAUAGACGCACUGAUGAGUACAAGGGAGAUAGAAGAAAAGUGAAUAUUUCUGUAUCAUCUUCGGCGUAGACCCCGUGUAUGUCACCUUUUCCCGUGUUUCUCUGGAUGGAUAGUGGACCCGUCUCACCUCCUUCUUCCAUGUUGGUGGGCCCUUCCUCGCUGUGGCAGCUGGCUGAGAGGAGGAGCAGGAAGGCUGGUUCAGCGAACAUUUUCAGCAAUGUGAAUCUGUGGCAGCUCCAGAGGCUCUUCCGGGCAGCAGGGGACCAGGAUGCAGAGCAGAGGGCCCAGUUAAUCUGGGGCCAUAGAGAUGAAGCUGAACUUGCUAAGGCCUUAAUAGGACUGAGGGCCCGAAGCCACCACAGAGGGCUGAGGACUAAUGGAAGGGAUGCUCUGGGCUCAAACUGGUUGCGGGCCUUCAGUCACCUCAGGAUUGGGGAGAACUCAUCAAGCAGCCAGAGGAAGGAUCCCAGUGAGGAGAGUGAUUCUGAGAAAGGAGCACAGAGCAGUCCAGAGCCCUGCAGACAUACCUCUGCAGGAACAGGAAGAGUAACGGGGGCCUCAGUGAUACUAAAUGAGAGUCAGGACCCUGCAAUGACAUCUGAGAGACCAGUCAGAACGAGCUCAGGAGUGAGGAGAGGAGGGGAGAACAAUCCAGAGAGAUACCUUCACCGAAUACUCCAUUGACUUUGCAGUCAAAACUGGAGGAAGCUUAAAUUAAGUUCUGGGAAAUAUAACAUGGGCACAGAUAAGGCAGUGGCAGUUUUAAGUUGAACUGUUAAUGGAAAAGCUUCUCAUAAUACCAAAGUGUCUUAUUGGCAGAUGUCAGAGAAGAGGAACUGCCUGUGACACAUGUUCACUACACCUCCGCUUAAAUAUUUCAGCACAAACCAGUGACUGGUCAAAGGUAACACACAGAGUUAUAUAAUGAAUGCCUCUCAAUAACUAUCUUAUGUGUUUUUUUAAAAAUUUGUCCUACCAAUGACACUAACCAGGCAUACCAAUACUUUUUUAUUGCUGAUGUGAGUUUAAGUUGUUUCCAGGUGGAAAUCAAUAUCUGGACAACACGUUUUAAACAAUUUAACUAUUCUGCAAAUUCAUAUGCAUCCACUUUAUAUACAAUAAAAAGACAUGUAUUUCCAUAUAAUAUACUUUAUAUAUGCAUAUAUCUAUACAUUCAUGUAUAUUUGCUUAAAUUCUCACCACUGUUUACAGAUAGAGAUGCGAAAUAUGCUCGAGCAUCUAGACGUUGUUGAUGGUGGAGUAAAUGUAACUGUUUACUUGAAAGACUAGGAUAAGCCUGCAUGAGAAGGUGUUGAUAGGGAGAUAGCUGGUUGCAAAAUUUUAAGCUUGAAAGGCUGAUGUACAUUAAAAAGGAGCCUCGGCAGACUGAUUAGCUCAGAAAAGGAACCAUCAGAAAUAAAUGGAGAGAGAAAUUCUGAAGGGAGUGGUUAAGCAGAUCAAAGUGUAAAAAUUAGAACAAAGAGCAGGGAUUGUACUGAACUGAAUUUUCACCAAAUCUUAAUUUGAUUAAAGUGUCAGGUAGUCAAAAAUAAUACAUCUUGAGUGCAGUGCCUCACUGUGCAGGGAAAAAGAAACUUGAAAAAGCACUGCUCAUGCUCACAGUGUGAAAACCCGCUGUGCAGAUGAAUGUAGAACCUCGACAGCUGGCUGGAAACUUGAGUUGUCAUUUCUGACUUUUAGAAAUAAAGUGAGUCUUUGUAUUUUC